AUGGAUAUAAACACGAUUGACUUGAUGGAUUUAGAAGAUUUGGACAUGCUAGAGACUACUCGGCGACCUGAUAGAGAUCGUCAACGUGUGAAUCCGUUUGAAUUGAGUGACGAAGAUUUUCGAGAGAGAUUAGAUAUAAGUAUAGGUCGGCACAUUGAAGGUCAUUGUGUGCUGGGAAUGAUUGAAAAUGAUAGUGAAGAUUUAAGAUUAGAAGUUUGCCCCUAUGUGCGAUCAAACCAAGCAUCAGACCAAAAUUGUUCGUCAUUUUACGGCAUAACACGUUUCGUGUCUUUACGACUUAAAAAAUGCGUUACGUGGCCGCGUAUCUUUUAG